CGAAGCAUGUACCUCUGCGCGACCCUACAGGAUCGUACAGCGCGGAUGAGACGUCUGUCAAAUUGGCGCGGGCGCUAAGCCAGAGCAAAGGUCAGAAGCAGUCGAGUGUACAGGCGCAGCGAGAAGAGGCUACGAUGACUUCGCCGGACAAUGAUCGGGUACGACGGGUAGGCUCGCUCAAACGUGAUGCGCCUUCCAUCCAGACGUCUACCUACGCCCACACGUACAACGAGGAUGACCGUGAGAGGGCGCUGAGGCCGGAUAACGAAGAGGAGAGCACGAUUGUCCCGAAAUCGUCGCUCGGACUGGAUCCAGAUGACAACAGAUGGGGGGAGGCAGGUCUCAUGAGCGGCAACGGCCUCUCGACUCCCGUUGGGGCUCGUUCGCCGUCGUCAGCAAGGCCGGAGGAGUCUCAGAUCCCACGUGAAGAUCGCGACUUUGCUCUCGACCGUUGACCGGAGCAAGUAGCGGAGAGACGAGCACAAGAGACGAGUGCAGUCCCAGUUUAGAGUGUUCACACGACGAUUAGAGAGGAAUUUGUGUCUAUUUUGCAUCAUGUCGGUCUCCAUGUCCAUCUUACUGACCGGAUGUCUUGGCUCGCUCGUCUGUGUCUUGCAGUUUUGCCGGGGUGGGCUUGAUGGUGUCGACAACGGUGAAAUGUGCUUCAUUGUCCGUCAGAGCAGCGCCUGUGUACCUCACGAUCCGACACU